CCACGCCUCUUUUCCAUCCUUUAAAGUACAAAAAACCCUCUUCAUUUCUACUACACUCGCCUCUCUAUCUCUCUGCUAUUUCCAUUUCUGCUCUCAGUCACUUAAUCUCUCUGCAAAUCAUGGGUGGAAAGAAGAUCAAGAUCGGAAUCAACGGAUUUGGAAGGAUCGGGCGUUUGGUAGCAAGAGUCGCUCUGCAGAGGGAUGAUGUGGAGCUCGUUGCCGUCAAUGAUCCCUUCAUUUCCACCGAUUACAUGACUUACAUGUUCAAGUAUGAUAGUGUCCAUGGGCAAUGGAAGCAUCAUGAGCUCAAGGUGAAGGACUCCAAGACCCUUCUCUUUGGUGAGAAACCAGUUACUGUCUUUGGUGUCAGGAACCCCGAAGAGAUUCCAUGGGGUGAGACUGGUGCUGAAUUUGUUGUGGAGUCAACUGGAGUGUUUACUGACAAGGACAAGGCCGCUGCACAUUUGAAGGGUGGUGCUAAGAAAGUGAUCAUUUCGGCUCCCAGCAAAGAUGCUCCCAUGUUCGUUGUGGGUGUUAAUGAGCAUGAGUAUAAAUCCAACAUUGACAUCGUCUCUAAUGCUAGCUGCACAACUAACUGCCUUGCUCCUUUGGCUAAGGUGAUCAAUGAUAAAUUUGGCAUUGUUGAAGGUUUGAUGACCACAGUCCACUCCAUCACUGCUACACAGAAAACUGUCGAUGGUCCAUCUAGCAAGGAUUGGAGAGGUGGAAGAGCUGCUGGGUUCAAUAUCAUUCCCAGCAGCACCGGAGCCGCCAAGGCGGUUGGAAAAGUGCUGCCGGCAUUGAAUGGAAAACUGACUGGGAUGGCUUUCCGUGUUCCCACUGUGGAUGUUUCGGUGGUGGAUCUAACUGUGAGGCUCGAGAAGGCGGCCUCCUAUGAGGAGAUCAAAGCUGUGAUCAAGGCGGAAUCUGAGGGGAAGCUGAAGGGAAUCUUGGGUUACACUGAAGAAGAUGUGGUUUCCACCGACUUUGUUGGUGACAGCAGGUCAAGCAUAUUCGAUGCAAAGGCUGGAAUAGCUCUUAACGAGCACUUUGUUAAGGUUGUGUCUUGGUAUGACAACGAGUGGGGCUACAGCUCUCGGGUCAUUGACUUGAUCAUUCACAUGGCUUCCUGUCAGUAGAGAGAUAGGGACGGAGAGAGGGGGAGAGGUUUGUUUUGCAUGCAUGCCCAAUAGGCUUGGGUGUGUUUGUCUCUCUGAGGUAAGGCUUUUUAUAGGAUUGUCCCAGAAUAAAAGAAAAGAAUGAACAAACAACGUUGUACUGUGUCCAGUGUUGGUUUCCCCGUCGUCGAUGUUAUCUGCGGUAGUUUUUUGUCUGGAUUUUCCUCUCUCAUGUGUGUGUUUUUUUCCAUGGAAGCCAGAUAUAUGACUUGAAAAAAAAUCUUAUUCUAAUGAAAGCGGAGGUGUGUUUUAUUAGCUAGCAA